AACAUUUAUUGUGAUUUAGUAUUUUAACAUAUUAUUUUCAUCAAUACUCUAAUUUAAAAAAAAAAGUUAUUCCGUAGUUGUUAAAACUGAAUGGAUCUAUGAUUUUGUUUUUAACGUGAUAUCUGUCUUCCAUUACGUAACUAUAAAAACAUAAGUGCUGGUUUCUUUCUUGUAAAACCACGGCUUAAAAUAUAUAUGUCAUGACGGUAGACAUAUUUGAUGAACCAGAUGUGCAUUGCAAACCAAAUGCAUUAGUCGGUAAUUUUGGAUGGUUCCUACAAGGCCUUUUGGCUACAUUGGCAUUCCUCUGUUUAAUAAUAAAACGAUUUUGUGAACCAAAAUAUGAUCGACGACCCUGGAAAGUAUGGUUUUUUGAUACUUCUAAACAAGGAAUGGGGUCCUUGCUAAUGCAUUCAGCAAAUUUAGUUUUGGCUGGUCAAAUUCAAGGCGAUCCAUGCACAUGGUAUAUGAUUCAUUUUUUAAUGGAUUCGUCACUUGGUCUAUUAUUGAUAUUUUUUGGUAUACGAUUUUCACAACAUGUAGCAAGAGUAAAAAAUUGGGAAUCUUUUAACUUUGGAGAAUAUGGAAAACCAGAGUCAAUUAGAAUCUGGUUUAUUCAGUGUGGCUUAUAUUUGUCACUUUUAUGUUGUGUUAAAAUUGUUAUUACAUUGUUGAUUUCAUUAGACAUCUGGCGAGUUAUCACAAAAUUUAUCAUGUCACCAUUUACUGACCCUAGAACAGAAUUAACUAUAGUCAUGCUUAUUAUACCUCUGUUUAUAAAUGCUCUUAUGUUUUGGGUGACUGAUGACAUUUUGAUGCAUAGAAGUCGUCAUCGAGUUGGUUUAUUGCGACGUAUAAAAAUACAAUACCAUAAGGUUCAGCAAAGUGGUAGACUUGAAGAUUCACCUAUUUCUGAUGAAGAUGAAUUGCUCAAUCUAGAUGAAACAUCAACAAUUCUACGAUCUAGUGGAGUUCAGGGUUUUUAAUAUGUUUUAUAAUUUUAUUUUUAAAUAAUCAUGCACUAUGGUAUUUACUUAAUUCCUCAAUUUUAAUCAACAUUCCUUCAAUGUAUAUUGCAUAUUAUUAUGAAUCGCGGAAAAAAAAAAGUCCCAGUAAAAAAGUCCCGAUAAAAAUGAAUGAAAAUAUAUCAAAAUUGAAGUAUAUAUAUGUUAAAAUUGUAUUGAAAAAUACAUUAUAGUUAUAUAAAAAGUCAUAUAAUAUCAUAAAAAAAUUUUAUUUCUUAUCACAAGUAGGUUUAGGUAGAUCAUUACAUGCUCUGUGGUUUCUAAUUAUUCUUUUUAGAUAUUCUUCUUUUGUCAAUUCAGCGAGUAUACUUCGGGGAACGUUUGAUACUACUUCCCCGAAAAUUUUAGCUGGUAAAUUGUUAGUUUAGCUUUUUCCACCAUUAGAUUUUUUAUUUUAGCCGCAGAAAUAAGAUUUUCAUUUGCUUCAUGUACAUGAUUGUUAUUUACAGAAAUCAAAGUUGGUUUAGUUAUGUUUAAAUCAGUUUUUAAUAAACAUGGACAUUUCAUAGAGCUGUUUUUUGAACACCUCCAACGAAGAAAACUAGAACAUUCUUUGUGGAAAUUGUAGAAAAAUACCUUAUUCGCAAACUUGAGUGUAUUUUUUGUUAGAAUUAAUUAAUUCCAACUCAAUUUUUUAAUUUUAAACUUGCUUAUAAACUGUGAAAAAAAUAUAUAAAAUUUAAAAACAAACGUAUAAACAUUACAAUACUAUACGAUGUCAUCCAAAAGACUGGCAAGAGUCUAUCAUUACCUAUAUUAUUAUGACUGUGUCUGGUGUUCGGAAAUGGGAAUUUUCUAGUGUACCAAUUAAUAUAGGAUCAAAAUAUACGGCUUAUGAUAGUUAUUAUGGUAGAUAACAAAUAUAGUUUGCACCUACCUAUACAUUACACACUAAAAUAAGUACAAAGUAUAACUGUACAACUGCAGUAUAAGAAUAAGUAUUUUGGUAAAUUUUCCAGUAAACUUUAUUUCCUAUUAUUUAUUACUUCUUAUGGUAGAUGACAAAUAUAUAAUAUGUACAAGCAUUUUAUUCAUUACACUUACCCACUAAAAUACAAAGCACAACUAUAGAACUGUACAAGUACCUACAAGAAUAAGAUUUUCGGUAAUUUUUUCACCAAACUUUUUUUUCAGGACUUUUUUCCUAGCGUGGGACUUUUUUUUCCGAUUACCAACAUUAUACACCUCAUAAAAACAUAUUGUGAACAUUAUACGAUUUUCAAUUUUGUUUGUUACUUUUAUAUUUAUUUAUAUAAUUUAAUAAUAUAAGUACUAUAUUAUGUUUACCAAUCUUAAAAGUACUAACAAUCAUCAAUUUUUAUAUAAAUAUUAAAUUAAUUUAAAAUUAUAUAAUUUGUAUAGUAAUUUAAUGUUGAUAUACACAAUUAUAUAGUUAAAAAUCGAAUUAUAUUAAGCCCAGUAUUCAUAUUUAAACCAUUACAAAUUUCUUUGAUAUUUAUAUAUUUUAAAAUUUUAGUAUACCAAUUUUAUACAAACAUUUUUGAUAGACAAUAUAACAUAUUAAACUUUGAUAAUAUGAUAGCAAUAUGCAUGGGAAAAUAAAUAAAUGUAUAUUUGUAUUGAACUGUGUUAUUUUAUGCAUAUUAUAAUGUUUGAGUGAUGAUAGAUAUGACCAUCGACCAUGUAAAUUGUGAAGUAAUGAUUUAUAAAUUAAACCAAUACAAGUUACAAGUCAAACAUAAAAAAAAAAACCAAUUGAAUAUUACUAAAUUUUUCAGACAACUUUUAUAAAUUGUAAAUUGUUUUAUCUUUUGAUAUAUAUUUUAAGGUGUAUGUUCGAAGCAAAUUAUUUCUAAACCAAUAAUGUAGAUUAAGAAUAUUUAUUUUUUCAAACUAAAUGUUUUUCUUGUAAUUUAUUUUACCAUAGUAAUUAGUCCAAGAGCUUAAAUGACUGUGAUACAAAUUAUAGUAAUAUCAAAAUGUUAUAAAUCUAAAAUAUUAUAUCCUUAGCCAUACCCUGUUUUAGGAUUGUUAGUAAUUUUUUACUUGUAAAUUUUGUGGUUGAUAAAAACCUAAAUGAUUAUAAAAAUAUAUAUAUAUAUUUUUCAGUAAUUUUAUAUACAAAUAUUAUAGCCAAAGUCUAAAUUAAAAUUUUUUUUUUGUAUCAAUAAUUUUCAGACAUUAAAAUUAUGUUUAUUAUA